GCGCGGGUCAACAUCUCCUACUAGAUCGAUGGCAGGAAAUGGUCAAAUGGAUGCCCAAGAUUCACAGCAGAACACGAGGCUGGAGAUUGACAUUGGCGACGACAAGACCAUGACCAUCGAGAUCACUCUUAGAGGGAGGCUCACUCUGCAGAGCACGGAUCCACCUCGAGCUGUCGUACAUGCAGAAGAAGAGGGCAGGGCAUUACCGGACAGAGCCGUUGAAGAGCAGGAGUCUCUGGACAAGAAGAAUUACAAGAUGCGCGGAUACUUGAUGGUGGUGUGCACCCUCUUCAUCGCCAUAGCGUUUCAGGCGGCGAUGCAGCCGCCGAGCUGGAUCCCCAACGACUGGUAUCGGGUGUACAAGCGUGGCCCUUCACCGGCGCCGGAUACCAGCACCACCACCACGUACGCGCAAGCUCGUCGGGCGAGGGACUACAUGUUGCUCAGCGCGGUGAAUUUCGCAAUACCGGUGGUGCUGGUGUCGGUGUUGUUGCUGAAGAGAAUCCCAGCGACCCAUUUGAUACAAACGGUGAUGCAACAGCUGCCGAUCCUCUGCUUCCCAGUCGCCUGGGCCUUUGUCGUUGGCAGCGCGAGCGAUCCGGGCUAUACAUGGUACUUUUAUCUCACCAUUUUAAUUUACGGCGCAUGUACGGCUCUUCAUUUGUUGGCCCUGCGGGGACGCGAUCUUCGACUCCGUCGGCAAAUGGCAGAGGCAGACGACCCGUCUCUCCUGGCUUGAGAAAUGUUGCCUUCGCUUCCAGCGUGUUGCAGACAUGCUUUGUUUUCCUUGUUUCUCCUUCGUUCGUUUGUAGAGUAGCUCCAAACCUUGGUCUUAUCGUUCUGUCAU